AUGGCGGUAUCCUUCUUGGUGCAACAGCCAAAGAUGGAAAUGAAGGAUUUUUUCAUUUGGCGUUUGCUAUCGUGGAUAAUGAAACCCGAUGAUAAUCGGACAUGGUUUACAUCAACUUUGGGUGAUGCAAUAUACGGUGAUGACGACUACACCAACAUAAUCACAUUCAUCUCGGAUCGGUCGAAAGGACUUGUAAAUGCUAUUGCGAAGGUUUUUCCUUCAUCCCCGCAUGCUUAUUGCUUGCGACAUCUACAUGCAAAUUUUCUUAAAUCAAAUGGGCAGCUAGGAAAGUCAUUAAAAGAUGAGUGCUGGAGUUUGAUUAUGAAGAUUGCAUAUGCAUGUACGUCUUUCGAAUAUGAUGAAGCUGUACGCUCCCUAUUGGCCACAUCAGGACAAGCACACUAUUGGAUGUUCCAGAAAUCGGACAUGUCACAUUGGUGUAAUUACUUGUUUAGAGGCCAGCGGUGGGGUGAAAUGUACUCCAACGUCGCAGAAUCUUUUAAUGCAUGGAUAAGAGAAGCACGACACCUUCCUGUGUGUAAGAUGGUAGAUGCAAUAAGGUUUAAGAUGAUAAACAUGAUGUAUAACCGACGUAAUUGUUGCUUGAAAUGGGAAUCUCAUCUUUGCCCGGUGAUACACAAGAAGAUUGAAGUGAUAGUCGAAGAAAGUAGGUGCUUACUGAUAGGUUGUUCAGAUGGAGAACAGUUCGAGGUUGUUGACCACCAGAGUAAUUCUGUUAAUUUGUGUGCUCGAACAUGCUCUUGUCGCCGCUAG